AUGUUCAAAUUUGUCGUUGUCAUCUUCGCUGUCAUCGCCUGUGUUGCUGCUAAACCAGGUCUACUAAGUGCUCCAUUAGCCUAUACUGUGCCUGCUGCUGUCGUAGCUGCUCCAGCACCUUUUGUUACUGCUACAAGUAGUCAAGUUGUUGCUAGAAAUUUCAAUGGAAUCGCUGCUGCACCAAUUGUCGCCGCUGCUCCAGUUGCUGCUCCAUUAGCUGCUGCUCCAAUUGUGAAAACUGUUGGACCUGUAGCUGCUCCUUUGGCCGCUGCUGCUCCUUUGGCUUACGCUUCUCCUUUAGCUUACUCAGCUCCAUUAGCCCGCGCUGCUUAUGCCGCUGCUCCUUUGGCCUAUAGUUCACCAUUGGCAUACUCUGCACCACUCUCAGCUGCUCGAGUUUUAUUGUAA